UACGAGAGUGAACAUUAUUUUUAUAAAAAAAAAGAAAAGUGAAAAAUCCAUUAAGCUAAGAAAAUUUUUACCACGACAGUAGCUCAUUAACACAACUAACUGUUCUUAAAGAAAAUUUAAUAUAAACAAAAUGUCAGAAACAUACGAUUAUUUAUUCAAGUUUUUAAUAAUUGGCAGCGCUGGUAGUGGCAAAAGUUGUUUGUUGCAUCAUUUCAUUGAAAACAAAUUUAAAGAUGAUAGUUCUCAUACAAUUGGGGUGGAAUUUGGUUCACGCAUCGUAAAUGUUGGUGGGAAAUCGGUGAAAUUACAAAUAUGGGACACCGCUGGACAAGAAAGAUUUCGUUCGGUAACGCGUUCAUAUUAUCGAGGGGCAGCGGGAGCUUUGUUGGUAUACGAUACGACGUCACGAGAUUCAUUCAACGCAUUGAACAAUUGGUUAAAUGAUGCCCGCACCUUAGCCAGCCCUAAUAUUGUCAUAUUAUUAGUGGGCAAUAAGAAAGAUUUGGAAGAGGCAAGAGACGUGACAUUUCUGGAAGCCAGCACUUUUGCUCAAGAAAAUGAGCUUAUAUUUUUGGAAGCAAGUGCAAAGACCGGCGAAAAUGUUGAAGAAGCCUUUUUAAAAUGCUCGAAAACCAUUUUGGCAAAAAUCGAAACUGGCGAAUUGGAUCCAGAACGUAUAGGUAGCGGUAUUCAAUAUGGCGGAGCAGCUUUGCGAAAUUUGCAGCAAACAAGACAACGAAGCGUUAAUAAGCCUGACUGUGCCUGUGGGCUAUAAAUUGUUCGGAUCAUGCAUUCAUUUUGUUCAUAUUUGUAAACCGUAACCUAGUUGUAUUUAAUUAUUU